AUGCAGGCGGAAACUCUUCGUCUGCGACAGGAUGGAGAGUCAAUUGAAUGCUGGGAUGACGACGGAGAACUACAAUGCACAGAUGACAUUCAAUUCCACACCAUAUCAGCUGCGACAUCCGUAACUGGUUCUGUUCGACGCUCCGGUCAUCGCGACUCCAUCUCGUCCCGCCGGUCGGCCCGUUCGGAUUUGGAGUCUAACGCUGGCGACGAAGAUUGGCAGGUCUUGCUUCGUGAUAACGAUGAAACCGCAACCGAAGAAGCGAUUGCCUCCGCACACAAUGCGGGAAUCCCCAUCCCCAAUAAUGUCCCCAGAUCGGCUCUGCUCGGUGGCACGAUCAAAAAACUCGGCGGCAAGAAAGCGAAGAAAGACUUCGUCGAUGACUGGUCCGAGGACUUGGAACUACCGGGUGUCGACGGUGAGCUAGCGCUGAAAACUCAAGAUGAACAAGCAUUUCCAGAGACUCUCCGUCAGGUCAGCUCGUCCUUGUCAAGUCCGGUCAAGUCUCAGACCUCUGGUGCGGUCGGUUCUCCUUUAGGUUCUCCCAUAGGUUCUCCCACUGCUUUCCUGCAAUCCACCGAAGUCGUUUCUCCCUUGAACAAGCAUCGAGAAGAUGACACAUCCGAGGGGCAAGAUGUGCCCACCAUCAAGGUCGCCCAAUCACGCUCGUCUCAGACCCGCCUACCUGUUGCCAGCCUCUCGGGCUCUCUGGAGGCUGAUGACGAUGCGGAGGACUUUGAGAAGGAUUUCGAGCUCCCUGCAGAUGACCUACCGUUGAAGCUCUCUUCACCCAAAGACAAUACUAACACCCCUAGCCACAAUGCUGAUGAUUUGGAUAUCGAGUGGGCAGAGGGCAGUAUCGGCGUUCGCUUUGGCGGGACCAAGAGGGAUGGGCGUUCAACUCACAGCUCGUCUGUCUCGGCACUCAGUCCCAGUGUCUCCAGCUGUCUGACGGGCGAGAGCGAAGAUGAUGUCUUGGAUGGUCUGGUGCUGCCUGAUGGGCCCCUCAACCUCGAAGAGGCUUUGAGGAAGCGGCUUGAGACUCGAGUUUCACAGCCCGAAGACGGUCUAGAAGCCAAAUUAUCAAAAGCGGCGGACGACAACGGCGACUUCUUUGCAGACCUCGAAAUUGGAGACGGUAAUGUAUUUACGUCCUCAAAGCCAACCUUAAACCCGAACAUCAAACGUAAAAUAGCCCGUCCUCCCAGUCCCAGUCGUUCCGCGAAAACUAUCACAUUCACGAACAAGCCUGUUCCUGGCGGAACUCGGAUCCCACGGCUAUCUGGUCACGACCGAUCUCAUUCCAAUCUUGAGCCCGUCUCGGAAAGCGGUGCGCCCAUCUCCAAGUUUCGGAGACCGCAUUCACGACUUGCAGGACAUUCAACUCAUCCAUCUGUCUCUAGUGCAGGCGUCCCAUCUCCUCCAUCGACACCUCCAGCUGUAGGCCGAAGGUCUCUGGGGUCGGGAAUCUCGAGAGAGGGCUUAAAAAGUGACCCGACCACGACGAGUGCUCAGCUUUUGAAGGCGAAACGCUCCAUGCCGGCCAUGCGUGCUUCCCAGACGUCUACGCUGGCACCACCUUUCCAGCGCCCGCCCUCUCGUCAAGAUGGCAGCAGUCGUCCGCCCUCUAGUAUUCGGCCAAAGACACCGGUGGAUCGGACAACGACCGACUCCAGGUUAAGUCUGAACCGUAGACCUCAGGUACCGUUUCUUCCAGCAGGUUCGUCACAGAGCCAGUCCCACCAUGUCAGUGUCAAGUACCCCAGGCACCUUCGCCGUCCCAACUCCGACAGUUCGGGUGAUACGACUUGGCAACGAUCCAUGUCCCAUCUUUCGGGCCUUCCACGUCCGGACACUCCUGGUCGCAGCCUUCAUGAAAUCGGUAGCGAAGCCUUGGCCGCUGCUGCCAAACGUACUGUUACUCGGCCCACCCGUCGGCGGAACUUUGGAGAUGGAUCCGAACUAGAGUCGUUUGACGAUCUGCCCACCUCUGCAUCCGUGGAGAGUCGAUUUGUGAAAAACCCGGUCGGACACGGUGCUCCAAGAUCCUUACGGAGUCGUCUGGGCCAGAGCACAGGCGUAUCACCAUCACGGACAGGGACCCCGGUCCCUUCCAACCUGCCUAAUUCCUCCAGAUCGCAUGAUUUCACCCCCCGAUUCGCUAGAGAUACCAAUGCUUCCCGAAUUGCACGAGAACAGCGCAUUGCUUCCUUUUCUGUCCCUAUGAGAGAUCGCGAAGGUGGGCCUCUUGUUCCACUGAGUACGAAUUGGAAAGCGCAGGCCAGCUCCCGAAAAUCGGAUACUACAUUGAGCUUGAGGAGUAAGCGGGGAAAGACAGCACAGACGUCGGGAUCCAGGCCGCAUCUGAUCAAGCCAAUGGGAUCAGGCGUCAAUGAAGCUAAAUCUGUCAAAGGGAUGCGAUACAACCCGGCCAAACAACGCUGGGAGGGCAACGAAAAUGCAAUUGCCGAAUUUGACGCUGUAUGCUCUCCGAAGUCUCCCAAAGCUGCUCCUGCUCUCAUUACUAGUGUGGGUGCAGUACAGGGCGUCCAAAUUGUGGGUGAUAUGGUGUUUGAUCCGCAACGGAUGUGCUGGCUCAAGCUUGCUCCUAUCCAGCCAGGGAACAAUACGGUUGCAGUAGUGCAUGACGACUGUGAUGAUGUUUUUGCCGGUCUAGAUGACCUUCAAGAGAAGCCAGCCGCUAGACAUGGACGAACCAUAUCCGGCGGUUCGAACGAAUUCGAUGGGUCUGCGGGUUGGGAUGACCAAAGUGGUGGAGAUUCCUCAGAGGAGUGGCCCAUCACAGAAGAAUUUGAUGUUGGGCCAGAAUUUGUCAAGCGACAGAGAGCUGAGGAAGAAAAGUGGAGACGCAAAGUCGAUAAAUGGGUCGCCCCUGAUCGCGGAAGACUUGGGGAUAGUUGGCGAUGGGCUAUCCGGGAUCUGGUGGCAUCUGGCGGUGUCUUUGGUGCUCAAGGACAUGGUUGCUCAUGA